CGCUCCUGCUCCUGGUGCUGCUUUGUACGAAAAUAAUGCGAGAUAAGAGCUCACUAACUCAGUCUCCCUCCCUCUGCAAACAUUGGAUUUAAACCUGCUCAGAAUUCAACGCAGACGAAAGCAGCGGCGGCAGCAGCAAGCAGCAAGCAAAUCAGCCGCUAGUCUACCGCAGCUCCAAGAUGUACCAUCCUGCCUGCUGGAUCGUCUUCACGGCCACAACUGCCCUGCUCUUCAUCCCAGGAGUGCCCGUGCGCAGCGGAGAUGCCACCUUCCCCAAAGCUAUGGACAACGUGACUGUGCGGCAAGGGGAGAGUGCCACGCUCAGGUGUACUGUGGAUGACCGGGUCACACGGGUAGCAUGGUUGAACCGCAGCACCAUCCUGUACGCCGGCAAUGACAAGUGGUCUAUAGACAACCGCGUGGUCAUCCUCUCCAACACCAAGACCCAGUACAGCAUCAAGAUACACAACGUGGAUGUCUACGAUGAAGGCCCCUACACCUGCUCCGUGCAGACAGACAAUCACCCCAAGACUUCGCGCGUCCAUCUCAUCGUGCAAGUUCCUCCCCAGAUUGUCAACAUCUCGUCGGACAUCACCGUGAACGAGGGCAGCAGCGUGACCCUCAUGUGCCUGGCCUUUGGGAGACCGGAGCCCACCGUCACGUGGCGGCACCUCUCCGGGAAAGGGCAGGGCUUUGUGAGUGAGGACGAGUACCUGGAGAUCACAGGCAUCACGCGGGAGCAGUCCGGGGAGUACGAGUGCAGCGCCGUCAAUGAUGUGGCCGUCCCGGACGUGCGGAAAGUCAAAGUCACCGUCAACUACCCGCCGUACAUCUCGAACGCCAAGAACACGGGCGCCUCAGUGGGCCAGAAGGGCAUCCUGCAAUGCGAGGCCUCGGCCGUCCCCGUGGCAGAGUUUCAGUGGUUCAAGGAGGACACCAGGUUAGCUAACGGACUGGAGGGCGUGCGGAUCGAGAGCAAGGGCCGCCUGUCAACGCUGACCUUCUUCAACGUCUCGGAGAAGGACUACGGCAACUACACGUGUGUGGCCACGAACAAGCUGGGCAACACCAACGCCAGCAUCAUCCUGUACGGGCUCCGGCACGAGGGAGAGGAUGGAGUUGGGCAGCAGGCUCGAGGAGGUGUGGAGAGCGAACGGAGCGUCUGCGCCGGCAUGGACUUUGGCAGCAUUGGGGUGGGCAGUGGGGGCAAAGCAUUGUGCCGUGGCGGGGGCCCGCAUCUCGGAUGA